AUGCCUCAUUCAUCUCGGAAAAAAGUGGUCAAGCCGACAUAUCAAAAGCGCGUUCAGCUAGAUGAUGCCGAUGGCUGGACCCAUAUGACUACUUCUCGACGAUCUCAGCAUCAUGGAACUGACAAGCCCCAUGGCACGGUCCAGCACCGGGAUAAAUUUGUUCCCGCUGAAGUACCAGUGGGCUUCAGGCUUGGAUUUUUAGAAAAGGAGUACGCCAGAUAUAAUGAUAUUUGGACGGGCUCUGAAUGCUGGAAACGACUGCGAGACAUUUUUCUCUCGCCAUCUGGCAAGCCUUUUGAAGGAGACGAACAUGACGAUCAACAGAAGCAAACCAAACAAGGCGAAGGAAACAGCCAAGAUGCGGAACUGAUUGCAAAUAAUUUGGCAGAGCUUUCACUUAAUAGUGAGGCUGAAAGACCAGUUCAACCCUCUGAUAGGAUCACGAGCUGUGUCUGUCUGGGUCUAGGCAGUCUCGUGGAUCCAGUGUCUCGGAAGACUUCACUCUAUCAAUUAGUUGCCUUGCAAUCAAUUUUAGAGAUUUUGCGUACAAGAUAUGCCAUAACAAAAGUCUAUGCGCAAGAUCCAGUGUUCAAUCACAUGGAUAUUGAGUUUCUGAAGAAUUCAUGUAAUAUAACCGUCCUUCCGGACCCGGAAGCUUUUGCGAAAAUUGAUUCAAGCACCUUUUUGUAUGCUCCUCAUUGUGAGCGCACUUUUCUCUUGCCCGGCUUGAAAGGAAAGAAGCCAGCGUUGUCUAUAUCCAAUACGAUGGAAACGCUGGUCAAUGGGCCAAUAAGCACGUCUCUCGCGGACGAGGAAAUCGAUAUUGCCAAGGCUUUUCUCGAGGGACAAUCUGCGACGAGGUUUCCAGACUUUGAACCGCAACCCGGCACUUUCAAUGACAUGAGCGUCUAUUUGCAGACGGAAGCGGAUUAG